AUGCCAGCAAAAGGAAAGGGCCCUCGUCAGGGUAACAGAAGGAGGUCACCGGGACCGGCUGUUAAGGCCGCGAAGCCAAAACAGGCGCCGCCCGCGAACAAACAGCAUGCCAAUCGCAAAGUUGAAGUUCAAAAACCCGAGCCUGAACCAGUGGAAGAUGAGGACUCUGGCCCCAAACUUGUCAGCACAAUUCCUCGCUCACUCCAGCAAUUGCUGUUGGAUGUGUUCAAGACUGCCCUCCUUGGAAAGCCAGUCGCAGAGUCGCAGUCCGUAAACCCAGACGAUGAAUCGCAACCAGCCGAAACAAUAGAUCAGGAAGAACCGCUCGAUAUCAAGUCUCUCAUUCAGACCAUCAAGGGCAUGCUAUACCAGCGCGACUUCGAUUCUGCUUUCACUGAAGCAAAUGAAGAUCUGCUGCGGGCCUAUGCCUUGCGCUGGAGUUCUUCGCGGUCACUGGGAUAUGCCGGCAUCCUGAAGGGAGUGCUAUCCUGGAUGAGAGAGGAAGAGGAACAAAAUACUCGAGGUCGCACAAGAUCAAACAACCCCUCAACCCGCGUUGUUUCCAUUGGCGGUGGUGCAGGCGCAGAGAUUGUUGCUCUCGCAGCCGUGCAAAGAGAUCUAGAUACUGAAGCCCAGCCAUUGGAGCAGCGCAUUGCGGAAGUGUCGCUAGAAGAAAAGGAAGAAAAGAAGCUCGAGGACGAGACCGCGAGCACACGCGGUCUCUCCGUCAUGGCUGUCGACAUCGGAAAUUGGUCCAGUGUUGUUGACAGGCUUUCGCGAACCAUCUUUUCGUCCAAUGUGCCGUUCCCAUCAACCACGAAACAUCGCCCACCAUUGCUUUCGGAGGCUGCAAGUGAAUCGUUCUCGGUCGACUUCCGUCGUGCAGAUGUCUUAAAUAUCUCAGACGAGGAGCUGGGAAAUCUCCUCGUUGACGCUUCAUCUUCUUCCCCUUUCACCUCCGUUCUGGUUCCUAUCAUGUUCACACUGAAUGAGCUUUUCUCAACAUCCAUGCCCAAGACCACUGCAUUCAUCCUUCGCAUGACAGAGAUUCUGCCUGUUGGUGCGGUGCUUCUAGUCGUUGAUAGCCCUGGAAGCUAUUCAACACUGAAACUAGGAAAGGGACCCGACGGGGAGCCUCAAGAGAGGAACUAUCCCAUGAAGUUUUUGCUUGACCACACGUUGCUCUCGGUGGCAAAGGGCAAGUGGGAGCGGGUGUAUACCGAGGAGUCGCGGUGGUGGAGACGAGACGCGGCGCGCCUGCGGUAUGAAGUUGGCGAGGGUGCAGGCCUGGAAGAUAUGCGCUUCCAAAUGCACGUGUAUCGGCGGUUGUAG